AUGUAUAGUCAUAUUCCACCGAACGCCUUGACUUCUCCACAGGUGGUGCGAACUAAUUUGAGUUGUUUUCUGUUGCUGUAGUUGAUAGAAACACUCAAGAAUGACUAGUUAAAUAUUUUACUUAGGCCAUUAGUACUAAGGUAACCACAGUGAGCUUUUCAAGCUAUUCAAGGCAUGCUUGGAUGUUUAUUAUAAUUUUGUUUCAGGGAAAUGAACAAGUUGUAUUUCUGGCAACUUCCCCUGGGUUAACUUCAUCUUAUGGACCAGCAAAUCCAAUGCCUUCAACACCAAUGCAGUUUCCAGCCCAAGGAGCUCCUCAACUCACUGGCAUAUCUGUAAGUAACAAUUACAUGUAGCACGUGUUGAAAUCUUUUAUUUAACUACAGCGUAUAUACCAGCAUUUCACAAUAAACCGUGCAGCAAAAUUUAGUUAGAUGAUGAGAAUCAACCGAAUAAUAUAAUUACUAACACAGCCAGUUCUCUACAGUCUUGUAGUUGAUGAGGUAAGGCUUUAAGUGUAGGUGUUUGUUUUUUAAAAUUUUAUGAAAGCAGAAAGUUAUUCAACUUAUUAUGAGCAUCAUUUUAAACUCUUUCCUCCCUUUCCUGAAAAGCCACAUUUAUUCACAGAGAAAUAAAAGUAAUAAUAGCUUUGAAAAUAGGUGGUGCACUCUGUUGGUGCUGUGGAUGCUAACUGUAAUAAGAUUUAAUAUUAUUGGUCGCAUUCAGUUUCCCUUUGAAAGAAUUGCCAGUAAGGGAACAUUGUUUUUUGUAUCCACAAUCUUGUCUACAUUUGUUUCAAGUCCUCAGCUGCAUAUGGUUGUGGCCCAGUAAUAGGGGUACAGGUACCCAUGUGGACACAUGUACCACAAACAUCUCCUACAGUCGUGGGAAACAUGAUGCAGUACCCAACACAGCCCUUGCAGUACCAAGCCUGUUACAUGUCUCCUGUGCAGCAUUCUAAUCAUGGAAUGUACUUCAAUAAUCAAAUACAGUCAUACAACAUGGUACCACAUCAGUAUGUUCCUGUACCCAACAGAGGAUUCAGACAACAUUUUCCUAUGGGGCAACCACCAAAUGUACCCUAUGCAAUGCCUCAUGAGUGUGUGCCAGUUGCUAACUCUGGGUUUGCCCACCCUGCUGGAGGGAUGGUUCAUCCUCAGUUCAUACCACCUGACCCACAUGCAAGGGAGGCAGUGUAUGAGAUGUCCAUAUUUCAACAAGCUCAGUAUAUUCCCCAGUAUCCUACAUCAACUCAUCAACAUCCACAGAUAUCAGCAGUUGUUCAGAGAAGACCUGGGGUCGUUAAUCAGCCGGCAUAUUUUACUAGGGAGGAGCUAGAGGUACAAAAAUCACUUCCAAACUCAGAACAGCAGGGAGGGGUAAAUGCUGUUCAUUUACUACAUGAAGAAGAGUCUACUGGGGUGCACAAACCUGUUAGAUCUGAUGGUAAUUCAGCUGCCAGUUUGUGUGAACAGGCUCCAGCUCCUUCACAACAACACAUAUUAGAAAAUACAGAAUCUAUUCAAUCUCCACACCAUCACAUAUUGGACUGUGUAGAACCUGUUCAGGUUCCAGGCCAACAGAUGGUGGACAAUUCAGAAACCAUUCAUUCUCCUUCACAGCACCUGUUAGAGAGUACAGAAUCCAUUCAGUCUCCACAUCAGGACAUGUUGGACAGCUCUGAAUCCACACAGGCAGAUGCUAUUGUUUCACCAAGCCAAAUGACUUUAGUACCCAGUCCAUCAUCUUCAGAUGGUGUUCAAACAGUGUGCAGUAGCCCAGUACAGUCACACAGUGAAGAAGAUGAACUGACAGUUGCAGAAGAUGACCAAAUUCCAACCAAGGACAUAAGUGAUGAUUUAGCUCUCCAUCAAUCUCCAGUUGAAGUAAACAAUGCAGAUAAUUUUGAAAGGCUGGAGCCUGAGCAGCCCUACGACAGUGCCUCUUUCAAGCCAGAAAAGUGCAAUGCAAUUUCUCUAACAAAACCCUUACUGAAAGAAGGGAUGUAUGGUCCUCAAAAAGGGGAAAUAAGUGGAUCCUCCUCAGUGAGUCAGGAAACUGAACUUAUCCCUCAAAAUGCAUUUGGUAAGCACACUACCCAGCCUUAUAUCUCUAGAGAAAGUAAGGCCAGCACUAAUCAGAUGCAUUACCAUUACCACCGAUCAAUACGAUCCCUUAUUGACACACCUGUAUAUGACACUGCCCACAGUAGAGUGCUCAGUCAACUUGCACAACCUGAUGCUUCCUCAGCACAAUCCCAUAAUGGAAGCCAAGGACGUCCUUUGACAACUCACUUCAGGCAACUGUUUAAACCCAUUCCUCACAGUACCACAAAGAGUGCAAGGAAAGAUGAUGGAAGGAGUUGA